AACAAAAAAUUACAACAACAAACUGAACUUUAGACUCUUUCGGUGCCAGUUUUAAGAUAAAAAAAUGAAUAAAUUAAGCUAAUUGAUAAUAAAUUUUGAUAUUGAUGACAAAAUUUUUACCUUUUUGAUAAGAUUUAAGUGAAAAAAGUGACCUGAGACCGAAAAAUGUAUGAUAUAACUCAUUGCACAAUCAACUACGAUGGCGAAACACGAGGACAUUCGGGGAUUCUCUUCGAUGAGCAUCACGUUAUAACAUCAGCAUCAUUCCUGUUAACUGCCGCGAUCAAAUCCGGCGACAAACGACACAUUCCAGAAGUCAUAAAGCGACUUUCAGCCCAAGAAUUACUCGAUUUCGAGAAUGUCAAGGGAGCUUUUCGGUCCUUUCGAGGCAUGAAAGUCACAUUUCGGGAUGACAAAAGUGGCGAAAUGAAAAUUCUUCCCGCUCAAAUUCGAUUUUUGUUUAAUUCGAGAAACGCAUUGAACGUUCUUCGCAAGAUUUUGUCAAAUUUUUCCACAAAUCUCGAGGAUUCUAGUCAAUCUCCGGUAGUUUUUUCAACUUUUCUGCUAAUUACGAUAAAACCUUGUGACGAAUCGCUCGAGUCAAAGAUCGAAAUGCAAGGAAACAUUAUGCGACACAGUGGGCAACAAUGGAAAUUCGAAAAAAGUGACUUGAUUUUUACGCGAACGACGAGUUUUGGUCAUCAUUCGUUCUUUGAUACGCGAAAUCAUGGGAUUAUUUCGAAUAUUUUGGGCGAAAGUGGGGCUGUGAUGUUACUUUCGAUGCCUUUGUGUCCCGGAAGUGAAGGCGGAGGAGUUUUUACGCCAAAAAGCAAGUUAAUUGGCAUUAUUUUGAUGGCAGAAAUGCUUCACAAUUCAAGCAGCAAGGAUAAUGUUCAACUUACAAUCGCUUUAAGGCAUGACGAACUACUGAACGAGUUGGCGCAACAAUCAACCUUUGCUCCGAAUGAACUUCCGUAUGUCCCGUUGAAGCAAAGUUUAGUGAAAUCCGCAUCUCCUGGACCUUUUGAACGCAACACUGUGAUGAUUGAUGCGGGAACGAAUUGGGGUUGCGGCGCUUUUGUGACAUUUCAAGGGAAAAAGUUCAUUUUUACCUGUUCGCAUGUCAUUCAAGGAACAUCCCGGAUUGAAGUUGUAUGGGCUGGAGGUAGAUUCACUCCUUCUGUCAUUUAUAAAACUUGUGAAAUUUAUCGUCCUUAUGACAUCGCUAUCCUUGGAAUCCCGUCGCAUAUUGACAUUCCCCGCGAAUAUUUCUCUCUUCUCGCCAAAUAUCGACCCGCAGUCGGUUCAAAAGUUUUUUGCGUUGGAUUUCCGUUAUUUUCGUCGCUAGCAAGCCAAAAUUCCUUUUCGCCGUCAAUUUUUAACGGAUUUAUCACGAAAUACUCUGAGGGAAUUUUAUGGACUGAUGCGCAAGUUCAGGCAGGGCAGAGCGGAGGCCCGAUUUUUGAUGCUGUUGGGCAUCUUGUGGGAAUUUGCGUGUCAAAUACGCGAGAUGAGAAUUCAGGGAAAGUAUUUCCGCAUGUGAACAUGGCAGUGCCCAUCUGUGAUAUCUUCAAAAUUAUUGAGAAAUAUGUUGAAACGGGCGAUAAAGAGACGCUAAAGGCAUUAAGAGCAAAUGAUGAGGUGACAAGAAAAUGGAAUUUAGAACCGCAGCCAUUCACGAGCAAACUUUAGUUUUGUAAAUUUAUAGAAAAAAAUGGAAAUUAAAGGA